AUGAAGCUCCUCAACAUCAUCACUCUCCUCUCCACGACCACCCUAACCCUCGCCGAGGGCCUAGACACCCGGGAAGCAAAUGAAGCCAACCUAGCAGCUCGAGCAGCCACCAUCUGCGGAUCAGGAUACGAACUGAACCAUGCAAUUCCUCUCCCAGAAGGCACAGACCCCAAGCAACGACUAGGUACACUCUACACCUAUAUUGGCAAGGAUAAGGGUUGCGCCAUCCUGGACAACAAUGUCAGAAAGGCGCAAUACAUGUACCUGGGCGUGUGCGAUUGGAAGGGCGAACACUGCGACAAGGAUGUCGGUACAUUUAGCCAGUAUGCGGGACCGAUCUACAUCAGCAACUUUGCCUGUGCACCCUUGGUUGCGAAGAUGGGCCAGAGUUCCAAGAGUCUUUAUAUCGACUAUAAAGAUGAAUAUGGCUGGGCGUGUAACUGA